GAGUGUGUGUAAGUUAUAUUAAAAACUUAGAAAAAUAGGAAAUGUAAUUACCCAUAGAUGAUAAUCAAUAACCAAACAGAAUGGGAUGAAAUUUGAGGAUUCCUUUAUUAUUUGAUUGGAGAAUUACUGUAUAUAAAUGUUUUAAUUCUGUCUUGGAGAGUCUAGUUGUGUUUUGAUAUGAUAUGUGCUGACUUUCAUGACUGAGGAAACAUUUCAGGAAUACAAGCUUGGGGAAUAAAGAUGUAUUAUUACACAAAGGUUAUAAUAGGUAACAACCGUACACUGCAUGACUAAAUGUGAAACAUUAAAAAUAUCCAACAGCAGCACCCUCCCCAUUCUCUUCUCUGCAGUCGUCUCUUUUGAGAAUGUGCACAUUAUAGACAAUGACAAUAGAUGGCGCCAUUGUACCAAUUCACUUGGCUUCUCCCCUUCCUAAAACGUUUCAACUGCCAACGGAAAAUAUACGGCUCUGGAAAACAAUAGGAGACCACUGCAGCUUUUAUCUUUCCUUUUUUUUAAAGUUGAGAACGACAAUUUUGAGUGAAGAACAGAAGGGUAAAAUCUGCUGUGGCCUCUUAAAUGUUACCCUUCUGUUCCUCACUCAAAAUUGUCCUUCUCAACUUUUUUUAAAAGGAAAGAAAAAUUAUGUGAUAUAUAAUAUUAUAUGAUAACAUUAUGGCAUUUUGGCGCAAGGGCGUAGGUGAUACAGCGAGUGGGAUGCGAGAACUGAGUUAGCACUCAGUUACUCAGCAGUGACUUGUCUUUAGCACGCUGUCCUGAAUUAGGCUAUUUGACUGGGCUCGCUUAUCAUUGGAUAGAAGGGAGCGAAAUAGCCUUAUAUAGCAAUUAAGCUACGUAACGAAACGAAACUGAUAUAAAAAUAAACCAAUUUAUUACAUUUCCUGUGUAAGCCACGUUUGUAAAUAAACACAUUGACAAUCUGUAACAGUUGAUUUCACUGCAAAGCCUGGAUUCCUGCUUUGAAUAUGAAAUAUUCUUUGAAAGAUUGUUUUCUUUCAUGAGUGUUUAAUUUAGUUACGUUUGGAUGAACCCGAUUAUAUUUAAAAUAGAGAUUUGUAAUGGAGUCUAUUGAUCCGCCAAUACUUAAGCGGUUAUAAUACUGUUCAAACUAAAUACAAAGUUGGAUGACCUAAUUCUAACUGUUAGGGAUCAACAGUGAUCAACACUUUACACGAGUGUGUUAGGGCAGCCUGCCGACCCAACAAGACCCCUGCAAGACCACACACCCGGCUGCAAGGAAAUUCAAGAGUAAUGAAAUAAUAUUUUUAAUAACCUUGCAAUUUGAAACAAGUGUGGCUUAUAUUUUGUACUAAAUAUCUACACCUGAAAGCCCAAAAGAACGCAUAUUUGUUUUUGUGUGAACAACCAGGUGCUGCCUGCAUGAACCGGGAUUCAGGAUAAUGGCAACCAUAUAAAGCCAAACCCUCGUUAGUGUGUUGCUUUAUAAGUUUGAGCUGUUUCAGUCAAUCAGGUCAUCCUUCGAGAUGCACUUGCUGAGACGAGCAUCCUUCCGUGAGGCUGAAACAGUCAGCGCUGUUAAACAUGGCUGCUUUCACAUGCCACGCCCCCUAUCCAGAGACAAUUUACACACAACCAAUUUGUUCAAAAUAAAGAUUAAAAUGUUGAAUAAGAUAAAUGUAGGAGUUUCAUCGUCUUAUUCAAUCUAUUAUUUGUGGUGCACAGAUGAUAUAUAAGUUUAAGAGGAACUGUAGAAGUCCAAGUGCUACAGUGCCCAAUAAAAAGUGAGUGAUCGCCAGAAGGUGGAUAAAAUGUUCAAAAUGUCACUUUCUGUAAGUACUAAAUAUAAAACACUUGUGUAUUCUAUUAAAGAAAUGCUUAUUUUAAGUAUGUACAUCUUGAUUUUUACUGAAAAAUGUAUCUUUUUGUGAAGCCUUUGAAUAUUCAUAUUGAAAGUAACGCGCAAUCAAAUCAUUGUCAAAUCAUUGAGUUCUAGGGGUUUUAAAUAGUAGGCAUGGAGGGAGAAAAUCACAAACUAAUAUCUCUCCAGCGAUAAUACAAUAUUGUUGUAUGCUCUAACAGUGUUUUAAAUACUAUAUGUUAUUAUUUAGUUCGAUUUUUGAGAAUAUUUCGUUCUUGGCCAUAUUUCUGAGCCAGAAAAGGAAGUUGUGGAGCUCCCCAAGUUUAUUUCCAGGAGACGUUUUCUUCUUCAAUCAACCAUGUCUGAAAAGCCUAAGGUGUACCAGGGCGUGCGUGUGAAGACCACAGUGAAAGAAUUGUUACAGCAACGAAGAGCUGAACUGGCGGCCGUUAAAACGUUAACACCGGAGUUCGUCCAGCAGGAUGAAUUUGUCUCCACGUUGCCUGCUCACUACUACGAUUCGUUCACCGGAGAUUCUAGCGGUGGUGCCCAGCAAUCCCUUCAAUCAAACGCCUUCCAAGACCCCACCGGCACGGUGCCUUUGGACAACGUAUUUCAGAAUCAGCAGUUGUUAAACGUGCUCCGGCCAGAGGACAGCUUUGGUAGCAGCCCACUCCCGACGCCCUUACAAGCCUGGCCCUAUGGACACCAAUCUUCAGUAGAUUACUACAGUCACGUCAUGGAUUCCUCCUCCCCUUCGGAGUCCCUGAACCAGCCGAGUCCGGUAGACUACAAUGGGUACUCUCCUCAGCCAUCCUCCUCAUCCUCCUCCUCCUCCUCCUCCUCAUGCUACAACUCUCCCAGCAGGAUGGAGUCUGGUUAUGGAUUCGCUCCAGAUCACUACUACUGCCAGAACUGUAGCCGCCAGCCCUGUUAUUGCCUGCCUCAAUGGUCGGUAGGACCGAGCGAGUGCCUCCCCGCACUGGACUACGGGGCAUACGGCCAUACAGACUGCGAAUACCCCUCGGCCCUGCAGGAUAGCUUCUGCAGAAGGGAUCUGAUAAAUUCAGAGAUGUGUUAUCUAUGAGGUCAAUCGGAGCGACUUUAUCUGUCUAGAUAGUCUCUACGUAAAUACCCUGUACAUAAAAAAACCCUAUGCAAUCCAUAGUAGGCUACAUUGUGUGUGGACGUAGACUAGGCUACUGUAGAAUAUGCUUUCAGUUCAGAUAUUAUAGCCUAUAAUAGCCUAUACGCACUAGCAUUUUGACGAGGGGCAGAAUGGUCGAUAGAAUAAGUGCGAUGAAUGUGAUGAGAAUUUGGAUUCCGAGAGCUUUGCAUAUAGCCUACGUAUAUUUUUAUUGUUCAUUUCCCUUGCUUUUUGUAACAGAUUGUUUAUUUUUCUUAUGAACAUAUUUUUUGGACCUGAAAUAGGUGUACUGAAUAAAAAGAACCGUGCCUCUAUAAUUUUUAUCCAUGACCUUAUACGACCGUUGCUGAUAUAUAAGAAUGUUUUUCUUCAAACUGCAUAAAGAAAACUGUAGAAUCAUGGACGUUCUGUGUAAAAGUACCACAAAUACUGAAUCUGAUGAGUAUCUGCAACUGCAAUCUGUAAACGACCCAGACCAUUUGGCGAUCUAAGGUCCACAUGUUGCCUGUUUCGAGAUAGAUUUGGCCGGGUCACAUUCACCAGUGGCGGGCCCCACAAGUGUAAAAAUAAAAAUUUCAA